AUGGAUGUGAUUUUUCAUAUCUCUAACGGUGAUACAAUUCAUGAAAGAUACGACGGAGAUGUAACAUUUAGCGAGAUUGAAGAGAUGUUUAAAACCAAAUAUUUGCAUGAAGCAACAAAAAUUAGAUUUUUAUAUCAGGGAAAAAUUCUUACAGGAGAAAUGAAAUUAUCUGAUAUCGGUUAUAUUCAUCCAAGAGAAAUCAUGACUUAUCCAACUCCAAUGCUGAAACCAAAGCCAAAACAAGAACAACCGUCAAACACCACAAACUCCACACAAUCACCACAAAAUCCUAAACAACCAGGAAAUGCUGAACAAUCUUCAAUAUCACAAUCGCAAAAUCAGACAAAUAAAAAUAAGUAUGAACCUAAAAAAGAAAAUUCGCCAGCGAUUUCGGAAAAAACAACUACAAAAACCACUGCAUUACCCACAGAAAAGAAAUCUACUGAAACAAAACAAAAUUCUACUCAAAAUUCCCAAACACCGAGUAAAUCUACAUCAAAUCCAUCUUCAUCACAAUCAUUUCAACCAAGCCAACCAAAGCCAGCUGAAUCAAAACCAAAACAAGCAGAAAAUAAAAAUUCAAUUCCGAAACCAAAACAACCACAGCCAUUACCUGCUGGAGCUAAGCCUCCAUCACAACAAGACUUAAACAAAGCCAGAAAUCCAGGUGUUGAAAAAGUUCGAAAAAUUGUUCUUGAAAAACCAAAUUCAAGCCUAUAUGCAGUCAUUAACUCAAUAGGCAAGUCAGAUCCUGUUUUGGCAGACAAAGUAAGAGCAAAUCCUAUUCCUUUCUUGACUUUACUCGGAAUUCCAUACAAAAUUGAAAACGGAAAGAUCGUGUUGCAGGAAAAAUGA